CAGGAGCUGAGUUACAGAUUCACGUGAUACCUUCACUUACCAAAGUUACAUAAAACUGUCAAGCACGGCUCUGAAAAUCCGUUCGUCGCUGAUUUUUGCUUUGGGAGUUUUGAAUUCCGAGCUGUCCCUGAACGCGGCACAGUUUCCAAGGAGAACCCGGCACAGAGAGGAGGUCGAUGCUCUGAAACCCCCCUCAGAGCAGAAAGGAGGAGCAGACCGGACCGUGUUUGGGUUCAUGUUGGUUCUGGUUCCGAGCAGCUUCCAGGGAGCUGGACCCACCUGCAGUGUGCUGAUGGUGAGGAGGUUCUAAAGCUGCUGUUUGGACCUGAACCCGGACUGAAAGGCUCGUGAUGUGGUGGAGAAGUGUGGGGCCAUGUUGUGUGUGGCUCAGCUGAAACUCACUGAAUCCUGAGAGCAGACAGAAGAUAUGAAGAUAUGAGUCGGUGACCUUUUAAACAUGACAAGAAGCAUCAAGGCUUGAUUAAAAUGGGGUGGACGGUCUUUGUCCCRGCUGACUCUGUGUCUGAGGAUCCUCUCCACUGCCCACAGCCAUGCCGGACGUGAAGCUCCCCCCACCAUGUGACUACUCCUCCAUCUCCUCAGCCACCCUCUCUGCCAGCUCUCCCACUGGCUGCAGCUCUCCCCUGGACCUCGGCACAGACAUGGAGCCCUGCAUCGCCAACCUCCCUCUGUCCCCAGACCCUUUGAACCCCUUCGCCCGACACAGACCCACCUUCCCUCAUUACCCAGGCAUCCAGGGCUCUCCUUACCCGCUGCUGGCCAGGUGCAACAGCAGCACCUUGCUCACUAACUUGGGGUUGAGGWAUUGCUCCAGCAGGCAGGAUCCUUUAGGAGGGGAUCCAGUUCCUGGGCUGGCCCCAGGCUCCAACGCAGGGAGCAGCAGCAGCAGACCUUACAGGAGCAUGGAGAACUUGAACUGGAACACUGUAGCAGAUUCUGGCCUGUGCGGACUCAGCGCUGCUCCUUACAGGAGCUUGGACAGUGAGUUUAUUUUACACUACACCUCCUCCAGCCACUGGUACGACGGGCCUCCAGACGGCUCUGUACUGGGAGCCCACGGGCUGGUCUCCAACCCUGAGGGUUUGUCGUUUUACCCUCGACACGGGUUGCCCAGGAAGUUACCUCAGUUGUUGUUCCCAGGUGGUGUUGAUGAAUGGGAAGCAAGGAAGGGCUUGAGGGACAAACUCCGCCUCCAGAGCGCAAGAUCAGCUGUUGAGCCCGUGAGGCCGAUCCCACUGCGACCUCAGGUGACCCCGAAUGCUGCAGUCACAGAACGGGAUCAUGGGACUUCAGCAGGUGCUGGCUCCAGGCUGCAGUACACGACGCGUACAUCUCCAGAGGACAUCAAACAGGAAGUCUUAAGGCGUUUACAGCUCAGGCGACAGAACAGUAGCCCCAACUUGGCUGUCCACAGUUCUCCAUCCAGACCAACGGUGGUCAAGACAUCUUACACGACCGACAACAUUUCAGGUAACAAAGGUGGAGCAGAGCCUGGAUGUGAGCGCCGCAGACCUCCUGUGGGACGUCUCCACAUUCCAACGUUUGAGGAGUUUAAGAAGAUGAGGCAGAGGGAGGAAAAGCAGAGUGUGGAGUCCACAGCAGGUGAUGUGGUUUCUGUGAAACGUGGUGCAUCACAAGACGACGUCUGUGAUGAGACGAAGCUUCAUAAAGGACUGGGCCAAGAGCAGAGAGGAAAUCCUGAGGAGAUGGAGGGAGUCAGGAGUACAGGUGAAGAUGAAGCCCAGACCAUCACCUCAUCAGAGACUCUGGCUUUGAACACUGUGACCAGCAACUGCACGGCUGCUCCCUCCUCUUCCGUUGAUUCGGUCACCAGCACAUACUCCCCCAUUCGCACCGGCCCGGCUCCACGCGCACCCCUUCAGCCUCAGGCCAGCUCAGCCCAGGAGAAAUCCACCAACGCAGGAGGAGACGAUGGGUUCACCAAGCGAAGGAGGAGCAGUCUGGAACCAGCCGGGUCGGGUCCCUUCCUGCCCAGCAGAGAGAACUGGGUGCGUCCCUCCAGCUGCUGCCCAGCACUCCUUCUGGAGGGAACGGACCUGUCCAGGUACGGAGCCAAGAUCUAUAAGAUGAAGGAUGGGCUCAUCGGUUCAGCUCUGGACCUCAUCAAGAAGAG